CUAUCACGUCAAAAUAUACCUGAAUUGCAUUGAACUCCUCAAAAUUGUUAUUAUUUAAUUCAUAUGCAAGUGUUUAUUAUAUAAAUAUGGACACAAAUUCGUUAUGCCGAUGUUGUCUUGCUCGUCCGCCGGAUAAAGACAUUAAAACCACGUAUACGUGCUUGGGAAAAAAUGAAAUAUAUGCCGAUAUGUUGAAGGAGUGCUUUGAUAUCACUUUGUCCACGUCGCUCCACGGCAACAGCAAUGGCGGCAUAUGCGAGGUGUGCGUCACGCAGCUGCGCAACGCGUUCAACUUCAAGAAGCAGGUGCAGCACACGGAGGAGAAGUUUAAGAAAAUGCAGGAGAUCGUGUUCAAACCGGAAACGAUUAAAAUCGAAAUGGGGCACGACGACUCCGAGCCGAAUUCGGACAAUAUGGACGACGAUUUCUCUGGUGCAGAAUACGAUGUGCCGAUAAAAUACGAAACGGCCGACGACACGAAGCCAAAGAAGCGAGCGGCUAAAGCCUCCACGUCCAAGAAGAAACCGAAGACGGAGCUCGGCGAGACGUCCGCCAAACGAACGGACGGCGACGCGCCCAAGCGUAAGAGAAAGAAAAAGAAAUCCGAUGAUAGCGCUACCCCUGAGCGCAUAGAGCACAGAGUUAACCUCACCGCCAUCCUACAAUACUCCAACGCCAGCCCGUUCAGAGAUAAGACAAUGCGGGGCUUCUCUUGCCUCUACUGCGCUAAAUAUUUCCCGACUAUCGAAGAGCUGCGCGCGCACACGGCGCAACAAUCUGAGAAAGCGAAAAUCAACACUAUGCUCGACUACAAACUCAGCUAUAAUCCCAUCAAAUUGGACAUCACCGAUCUACAGUGUCAAGUCUGCAAUCGCAGCAUGAGAGACCUCAACGACCUCAAGGACCAUUUAGUAUCUGAACACAAUAAAACUAUACAUAGGAACAUAAAGGAUAUCAUUCUUCCGUUCAGACUGGAGAACGGUCAGAACUUCACGUGCGUCGUUUGCUCCGUUGUCCAUAUCUCGUUCAAGAAUCUGUAUCACCACAUGAGCAGUCACUAUAGGAAUUAUUGUUGUAAGAAAUGCGGUAUCGGGUACAUAACGAUUGCUGCGCUGAGGAAGCACGGCAAGACGCACUACCAGGGCAACUUCCCGUGCGACUUUUGCGAGAAAACCUACACGUCGCUGACGAAAAAGCGGAACCACGAGAAGGGCGUCCACACCGCCGGCUGGUUGAGGAACAAGUGCCCGCACUGUCCGGAAAUCUUCGUCAGCUACUACGACCGCAGCGAGCACAUGGUCAAAGUGCACAACGAGGCGCCCAUCAUAUAUCCGUGCAAUGCGUGCAAUAAGACGUACAAGAAGAAAUUCGAACUGAACAGGCACAUAAAGCAUCACCACCUGCAGCAGAAGAGCUACCUGUGCGACAAGUGCAACGCGAACUUCUUCUCGAAACGCGGCCUCAUCGACCACAUGACGCGGCACACGGGCUCCGAGAUGUGUUCCUGCGACGUGUGCGGCAAGACGUUCUCGCGGUUGCGAACGCUGAAGGAGCACAUGAAGAUACACGACGACGACAAGCGGUUCCAGUGUGAGAUAUGCAAGAAGACGUUUAUGCAGAAGUGCAGCUUGAAGAGCCACGUGCGCCUGCAUCAGGACGACCUCGACAUAUUCAAGGAGUUUGACGACGUCAAACACCUAAUCGACAAUAGGGAGAUGACGCUGAAGGAGAUCGCGGCGGAGAGUAAAAUUAAAGCUCUGGCCGAGAAGGAGAGUCAGCGGAUGGUGUAGUAUUGGAGAGUUCCUGUGGAUAUGUCCGUUUUACCAAUAUAAAUGUGCGCUAUAGGCACGGGUUUGAUUAGACGAAGGGAUUAGGUGAAAGUUGGCGUUUGUGAUAAAUUGGCUUUUCGUAAUGAGAAAUUAAGAGAAACGCGUCAAAGUCUCGACUUGUCUUAUGUCACAGAAACGCAAAGCUAGAUUGACCAAGUGUUAAAA